UUUCAAAUAUGUAACAUAAACACUGGCAUAAAUAUCUGCCUAUUACCCAACACUGUUACAUUUCCUUAUCAAAGAAACCACAACCCCUGUAGAUACAGAGUACACAGUCAAGUAGGAAGCCACUCCCUCUCCUCUGGUGUAGAGCUCAAUGAAACAGAAAGUCAUCUUUGACACUGCCAUUGCUUAACCUAUGAGAGAGAGCACCAAAAUGGCUGAACAUCUAGAACUGUUAUGGUGCUCCAUCUGUCUGGAUCUACUGAAGGAUCCGGUUACUUUUCCCUUCAGACACAGCUGUAUGCAACGUCAUCUUCUUAGUUUGACUUCCAUCCAAACCACAUCCCUGCAGACACAGAGUUUCACAGCCCAGUAGGAAGCCACUCCCUCAAUGAAACAGAAAAUAAUCUUUGACAAGCUGUUGCUCAUCUUUCGGGUGAAAGCACUAAAAUGGCUGACAAUCAGGAACUGUUCUCUUGCUCCAUCUGUCUGGAUCUACUGAAGGAUCCGGUGACUACUGCCUGUGGACACAGUUACUGUAUGGGCUGUAUUAAAGAAAGCUGGGAUCAGGAUGAUCUGAAAGGUUUCUACAGAUGUCCCCAGUGCAGACAGACCUUUACCCCAAGACCUACUCUGAAGAGAAACACCGUGCUGGCUGAAGUGUUGGAGAAUUUGAAAAUGGCAGAUUUCCAAGGUACCACUCCUGCACACUGUUAUGCUGAACCUGGAGAUGUGGAGUGUGAUGUCUGCACUAGGAAAAAACUCAAAGCUGUCAAGUCCUGUCUGGUGUGUCUGGCCUCUUACUGUGAGACUCAUCUCCAGCCUCACUACUAUGUGUCCCCACUAAAGAAGCAUAAGCUUGUCAAUGCAGUGACAGAUCUACAGGAGAAGAUUUGCCCAAACCAUGACAAACUGCUGGAGGUUUACUGUCGUACCGAUCAGCAGUGUAUCUGUCUGCUCUGUUUGAUGGAUGAACAUAAAGGCCAUGAUACAGUGUCAGCUGCAGCAGAGAGGACUGAGAAACAGCAACAGUUGGGAGAAACACAGAAGGAAGGGAAGCAGAGAGCCCAGAGGAGAGAGAAAGAGGUGCAGGAGCUGAGACAGGCUGUAGAUGCCAUUAAGGAGUCUUCAUGGGUAGCCGUGGAUGACUUUGAGAGAAUGUGUUCCAUGCACAUCCUUUCAUAUAUCCGCUCCAUUGAGACAAGGCGUUCUGAGGUGAAGGAGCAGAUCAGAGCCCAGGAGAAGGCUGGAGUGAGUCAGGCUGAAGGACUCCUGGAGCAACUGGAGCAGGAGGUUGCUGAGUUCAAGAGGAGAGAUUCUGAGCUGGAGCAGCUCUCACACACAGAGGAUCACAUCCAUUUUCUCCAGAGUUUCGAUUCUCUCUGUGACCCUCCUGGACCAAAGGAAUUUUCUAGCAGUUUGGAAGCAGUGAAGAAAUUUGUCUCUGAACAGAAAGAGAGAAUGGAAAAUACAUGCAAGGAGGAAACCGACAAGAUGUUGAAUUGUCUCGAAAAAAAUAUGUUGACAAAACCAUCUUCACCAUCUGUGCAAGAGUACAGUACGAGAAGUGAAUUUCUGAGAGGUCCCUACACAGGCUCAGAAGGACAUUUCCUGGCGACAGUACUCCUUGCAGUGCUUCUGCCAUGAAGUCUUGGAGGCCCCCAAAAAACUUCUCGGCUGCAGAUACAAUGAUGUCCAGCUUCUUGGACACUUAUGCAGCACAAUUAAUAACUGUGGCUAUAAAUGCUACAAAAUCCAAUAAGUGUAUCAAGAUCACUUGAUUGACAUAUAACAUUUGCAACUGGUUCAGCACUGUGGCCUCUUUUUAACCUCUAUGGGAUUGGUGUUGUCGCAAACGUGGUUGAGCUAAUGUGCGCUAAUGUGACUAGCAUGACAUUGUAAGUAACAAGAACAUUUCCCAGGACAUAGACAUGUCUUAUAUGGGCAGAAAAUGUACAUUCUUGUUAAUCUAACUGCACGGUCCAAUAACAGAAGCUAUUACAGGGAAAUAAUACCAUGCUAUUGUUUGAGGUGAGUGCACAAUUAUGUAAUUGAAAAUGUAUCAAACCAAUUAGACACAUUUGGGCAGACUUGAUACAACAUUUUGAACAGUAAUACAAUGGUUCACUGGAUCAGUCUAAAGCUUUGCACAUACACUGCUGCCACCUAGUGGCCAAAAUUCAAAUUGUGCCUAGAUUGCAAUAAUACAUUGUGACCUUUCUCUUAAAUUUCAAAGAUGAAAAAAAACACACGUUUUUUUCUUUGUAUUAUAUUUUUCCAGAUCUCAGGUGAUAUUCGCCUACAUUACUUUCACAUUUCCACGAACUUCAAAGUGUUUACUUUCAAAUGGUAUCAGAAUAUGCAUAUCCUUGCUUCAGGUCCUGAGCUACAGGCAGUUAGAUUUGGGUAUGUAAUUUUAGGCAAAAAUUGAAAAACACUUCUGCUUCCUCCAUCUCAACCUCUUUCUCCGUAACCUCUGUUCUUCUUAAUCUCCAAUCACCGCCUUGUUUCUCGAUGCCCACAAUAUUGCUACGCACCCAGUCUUUUUUCACUACCGCCUCGCUC